AGUCGGAAUAUAAUCUCUUCUUUUUCCCUGUAGAUUCUUCAGGUUUAGGAUGCAAAGAUUUCAAAGCUUUUAUGAAGUUGGGAACUGCUCGGGUUCGUACAACUUUGUUCAAGGAAAAAUGUGGUUGAAUAAUAAUAAUGGUGGCGGCCGCGGCCGCCGCAUGGAUGGGGGAGAUGAAAAUGAUGAGAGUGCAUGCGCGGUGGGCCCGGCAACUGCGGCGGCGGAGGCGAAGGCGAACAAGAGCCACAGCGAGGCGGAGAGGCGGCGGAGGAAGCGAAUCAACGGCCACCUCGCCACCCUCCGUACCCUCCUCCCCACCACUAUCAAAACCGACAAGGCGUCGUUACUAACGGAGGCGGUGAGGUGCGUUAGGGAGCUGAAGAAGGCAACCGCCGAGCUAGCGGCGGCGAUCUCGCCGGAAACCACCGCGGACAGCGUCGAAACACCGGCAUCGUUCACCACGUUCCCUAGCGAGGCGGACGAGCUGAAGCUGAGUUAUACUGGGGACGACGACGACACCCGUGCCGGCAACGUGAGGGCGGCGAUCUGUUGCGAAGACAGGCCGGAGAUUAUGCCGGAGCUUGCCAGGGCUCUGAAGUCGGUGGAGGGGACGGUGGUGCGGGCGGAGAUGUCGACGGUCGGCGGGAGGAUUAAAAUUGCCCUUUGGCUGCGCGUUGAGGGUUUGGGUAAAGGAGGAGAUGAGGCGGCGCUGGCGGCGGUAAAAUUGGCGCUGAAGGAGGUGGUGGACAGACCCGCCGCCACGGUCGGCUCCGGCAACCACUUGCCCGGUGGGCCCGGAAACAAACGACCACGUCUCUUGAUGUAGCAUUUGGGAUGUCAUUAUUUUAUGAUAUUUCUCCAUAAUUUUUAAUCUCUCUGUAUCUAAAUAUUUGUCACACUUGUAUUCUCGAGACAAAAUAUUAAGUUUUUUAAUUCAUUUUAUUUACAUAUUGGUAUAGAAAUAAAAAAAUAAAAUUUACAUAUCAAAAAACUACAUGAAAAGUUCUACGAAAUAAGAGGUGUUAAUAAUACUUUAUUUUAUCAAAUAACCAGUGAAAACGUAGAAAUAAACAAAAGUUCCCGUG